AUGUUCGUAAACGCACCCACGACACAGAAGAAAAUCCUAGCAUCAUUUGACUACACAGUUGACGAGGCGGCUGCUGCGCAACGUGUAGCGGGUUCCAUUCCCGCACGAAGCCACUCUUUGUGUGAUCUACAGAUUGUUGUUUCUGGUUUGGGUGUCAUGGCCUGCGGACGGCGAGCAUGGGUGGCUCCCCGUCCGACCAGAAACAGACCCGAGCGUACGGCGCGUCGCGUUCCGCGCGCGCCUCAAAGAGCCAUCAGACCACCACAGAUGGGGCCCAAUAGUAAACGAGCAGACGGAUCACCUGAUGGUAAGCAAUCGAUGUCGCCCAUAGACACCUGGAACAUCAGUGGCGUUACAAAGAUUGGAGAGAGGGGUUAUUGGGCCUCCGGCAACCUCACUCACACAACGAAACACAGCGCAAGUGUUGUUUCACGUCGGUUUUCUAUGAGGCCGUGGUAUCAUUCCGGUCGAGCCAGCCCAUUCGUGCCAAAGCAUGGCUCUCUCACGCUUAAAAUAUUGAUAUUGAUGUUUAUUAGUAUCGAUUAUUUAUCAUUCUUUAAUUGA